AUGAAGUUCACGGAAGGAAUGUGGAGAUUGCGGGAAGGCGUCCGCAUCGACUGGAUGAGCAAUGUCGAGCGAUUGCAUAUCGACAAGGACAAGGAGGCUGUGGAUAUACUGAUGAACAAGUUCCAGCGGCAUCGUGGUGAUACCUUGAACUCGGCGACGAUUACCGCGCGGGUGACGUCUCCCCAGGAGGGCAUCAUUGGGGUCAACUUCGUGCAUUGGGCCGGCCAAGUCGACCGCGGACCGCACUACAGUAUCGCCAGCUCCAACGGCCACACGCGCAUCACCCACGCCGACAACCGCCUCUCAUACACAAGCGGGGAUCUCUCCCUCACGAUGAACACAGCGCCCAACGAGCUCGACCUCACCUUCUCAUCCCCGACAAAGACACUGACAGGCCACUCAUUCCGCUCCAUCGGCUACGUCGGGGACCAAACGACCCCCAAAACAGACUACCGCGACGGGAUCUUCCUCGAGCGCCAGGGCCACAUGCUGCUAGGCCUCGACCUCAACAUCAGCGAGAAGCUGUACGGACUCGGCGAGCGGUUCGGCCCGUUCGUCAAGAACGGCCAGACGGUCGAUAUCUGGAAUGAAGAUGGCGGGACCUCGUCUGACCUUGCUUAUAAGAAUAUCCCGUUCUAUAUUAGUUCGCGUGGAUAUGGUGUGUUUGUGAAUCAUCCGGGGAAGGUCAGCCUCGAGAUGCAGACUGAGAGGUCGUCACGCGUGAAUAUCUCUAUCGAGGGCGAGGAGCUGCAGUAUUUUGUUGUGUAUGGGCCUUCGCCGAAGGAGAUCCUGCGCAGGUAUGCCACUUUGACAGGGGAGCCUGCCCUUGUGCCGGCUUGGAGUUAUAAUCUUUGGUUGACGACUAGCUUCACAACAAACUACGACGAACAAACCGUCACCUCCUUCCUAGACGGCUUCCGAGACCGCGACAUCCCGCUCGGCGUCUUCCACUUCGACUGCUUCUGGAUGAAGUCCUACCAAUGGUGUGACUUCCAGUUCGACGCGGAGAUGUUCCCCGACGCGGGGGCUUACCUGCGCCGGCUGAAGGAGAGGGGUCUCAAAAUCAGCGUGUGGCUGAAUCCUUAUGUUGGGCAAGCGUCGCCUUUGUUCGAGGAGGGGAAACGCGAGGGUUACUUUAUCAAGCGCACCGACUCCUCCAUGUGGCAAUGGGACUACUGGCAAGCCGGCAUGGCCGUCAUCGACUUCACGAACCCGCGCGCCCGCACCUGGUACAGCACGCACCUGCACCGGCUAAUCGACACGGGCGUCGACAGCUUCAAAACGGACUUCGCAGAGCGCAUCCCGGUCAAAAACGUCGUCUACCACGACAACUCCGACCCCGCCCGCAUGCACAACUACUACGCCCUGCUGUACAACGAAGUCGUGUACGACGUCCUCACCUCCCGCCUGGGCGCUUCCAACUCAAUCCUCUUCGCGCGCAGCACGGCCCCAGGCGGCCAGCGCUACCCGGUCCACUGGGGCGGCGACUGCGAGAGCACCUACGUCGCGAUGGCGGAGUCGCUGCGCGGGGGUCUCAGCCUGCUGCUCUCCGGAUACGUCUUCUGGGCGUCUGACAUCGGCGGGUUCGAAGGCACGCCGUCCCCCGCGCUGUACAAGCGGUGGGUCCAAUUCGGGCUGCUGUCUAGCCAUUCCCGGCUUCACGGGUCCGGCUCGUUCCGCGUGCCGUGGCUGUAUGGCGAGGAUUGCUCGGUUGUGCUGAAAGAAUGCACGAAGAGGAAGAUCAUGCUGACGCCUUAUUUGCUGAGUGCGGCGUAUUGGGCUGCGAAGGAUGGGAGUCGGAGGCUUAUGGCGCCGCUGUUUGUGGAGUUCCCGGACGACUUGAACACUUAUGCUGUUGAUACGCAGUUUAUGUUGGGCCCGAAUCUGUUGGUUGCGCCUGUGUUUUGUGAUGAGGGGGUUGUGAGCUUUUAUGUUCCUGAUGAGGAGGCUGGUCAGCCCAGCUGCCCUGACAAGGAAGAAGGAGAAGGGAAGAGAAAGAAAGCGAAGUGGGUCUCUUUCUUCGACAGCAGCAAGACCUACGAAGGCGGCAAAUGGUAUACUGAGACGCACGACUUCGACACUUUGCCACUGCUGGUGCGACCAGGGACAGUGACGCCUAUCAAUCGGCGGCUGGAGAGGCCAGACGGGGACGCGCUGGAUGGGCUGGAGCUUGUUGUUAACGGGCCGUUGAAGGAGGGGGAGGAGGGAGAUGGACGGGGGGAUACGGUUGUUUCUGAUGAUGGGGGGGUGGUUGUUUCUACUAGUUUUGUUUGA